AUGCCAAACCGCACGGAAGAGGCCGCCGCGUCUCGCGCGACCUUCUCUUCUGCGUGCAAGAAGGAUGGGAAUUCUGCGGCGGCGGAUCUUUCGCCCGCGUCGGUGAAGUCGUCGCAGAAGACGCUUCUGGUCUUCUCCUCGGGUCACGCCCCCUCCUCCCCGACCGCCGCGACAGAGGUUGAGGGGCGGCGCGCGUCGCCCUCGGCUUCGCGGCUGCACGCGGCCUCCCCUCCCGCUGCGUCUUUCCCUGCGCCGGAGGAGGCGCAGGCGGCGCCGGCCUUCACCGCGCCUUCAGACGCAGACCUCGCGGAGGCGCUCCUGCUCAACGGGUACCGUCUCUCUGAAGACACUGCGGGCGACAACGACUUCACGUUUCCCCUCGACUUCCAGACGCCGCUGAACUACGAGAUCUACUCCUUCAUCUCCCAGUGUCUGAACGCCGCCCAGCUGAAGCAGCCGCUCGCGGCACGCGACGACGCCGCGGCGCUUCAGCCGGAAGGAGGCGCGGCGGCCAAGGGCCUCGCCGCCGCUGUGUCGCCGGCGCUCCCCGCGAACGGCCGCGACCGCCGCGCCGCCGAGGGCGACAAGAACAAGGAGAGAAAGGGCGAGCAGGAGCGGAAGAAGGGAGGCGCGGCGAAGGACGACGGGGGCGACGGCGCAUGGCCAAGGCUCGCCGCCGCCGGCCGCCAGAAGGGCGGAAAGAAGAAGGGCACGGCGGAGGGAGACAGCGGCGUCCGCAAGCAGUGGAAGAAGAAGGAGGCGACUGACCAGGCGCCGCGCCUCUCGACGCCGGCCGAGCCAGGCGCGUCGUCUCGGGCCUCUUCGCCGCAGUCGCAGACCGCGGCCUCGGGGUCGCUGCCCUCGCCGUCCGCGUCGUCUUCGGCGCCGUCGCCUCCGGCUCCAGCCGCGGGCGCGCUGCCGUCGAGCGGCGUGCGGGCGCCCCCGGGUCUCUCAGGGCCGGAUGUGAACACGGCGCUGCUGCGGGCGGCGUUUUUGGGUCGCGAAGACAUCGUGGAUCUGUGUCUGAAGCGCGGCGGAGACGUGUCUUUCUCGGACCGCGUGGGACGGACGGCGCUGCACUACGGCGCGGCGACUGGGAUUGAGAAGAUCGUCCGGAAGCUGCUCGAGGGGGCGGGAGCGAAGAACAUCAACAAGCGCGACCGGAAGCACUGGACGCCGCUGCUCAUCGCCGUCACCAAGACUCACGUCGCGUGCGUCCGCCUGCUCCUCGAGAAGGGCGCGGACGUGAGCGCGACGCUGUGUCACCGCUGCGCGCCCUGCCGAAGCGCCGCGGCGAAGGCGGAGGCCGCCGACACAGGUCCCGAACGCGCGGAAGAAGGGCAGACUGCCAAAGAGGCGGCCGCCGCCGAGCCGCGAAAGACGACUGCGGAGGGCGCGACCAAGGCCGAGUCUCCCAAGAACGCGAAACAUCCCGACGGAAAAGUGAUGCUCCCCGCCGCAAGCGACGCCGAAGGCCCUGUGCAAACCUGGAGCGCGGCGAUUCACUUUGCGGCCAUAAAGGGCAGCAUCGAAAUCUCGCAGCUGCUUCUUGACCACGGCGCGAGCGUGAAUGACCUCGACAGCGACAAGCGGCCUCCUCUGCACUACGCGGCCUGUCGCGACAACUCGCAGUAUGUCUCGUGGCUUCUCGCUCGCGGUGCCCGUCUGGAUCUCUUUGAUGUCAACGGCCGCAGCGCGCUGCAUGCGGCGGCGAUGAAGGGACAGCUUCAGAACGCACAGAGCAUCCUCGAGGCCGCGGACCCCGCAACUGCCUUGACGCUGCUGAAAAAGAAAGACACAUGGGACAUCACCCCUGUGCAGCUCGCCAAACUGCACGGCCAAAAUGGAGCCUAUUUGCUGCUCAAGUCCUACGCAGAUCAACUGGAGGCGUCCCUCGGGCCGCUCGCGCCGGUGCUGGAGCUCGAGAACGCCGACGCAGUUCUGCUCAGCCAAACCAUCACUGAGGUGCUAGCCACCGGCAUGCAGGAAGUGAAGAAGAACAAACUCGAGAGAGCUGUCGCACGUCUCGGCACAGUGACCUGUCUCAAGGCUUACCAGAAGACCAUGAUGAUUCAAAGCAUGGGAGGAAUGCUUGUCGCAGACGGGAGUAGGCCGAAGACUGCGGGCGGCGUUUUCUUUACGCUGCUGCGCGAGAUGGCUCGCCAGGGCGAAAUCACGCGCGAAGACAUCAUCUACAUUGAGAUGGAGGACGGCGAAGCGAAGAAGGCGCUGCGCCGUCGCGCGAGACAGAAGCAGACUGUGGCGGCGGACGCCGCCUUGCAGACUGCGCGUCCUGCGUCCGCGGCGCGAGGCCAAACGCGGCGCGCACAGACUGCGAGUUCCGCGGCGGGCGGCAGCGCAGCCGAUGCAUGGGCGUCUCGUGCACCGGCGACUGAGCGAGCCGCGGGCGUUGGCGGCGGAGUGUCGGCGCCUGCUGCAACUGCGAAGAAGCCGCAGAAGAAGGGCGCGGCUGCGCCGUCGCUGAGCCCUGUGGGCAUUUUCCUCUCGUCUUCCGCGCCGGGAGCGUCGGCUGCUGCGUCGUCGCAGGGGAACGCCGCGAAAGUGCGGCCAGGCAGCGCGGCCUCCUCCAAGAGAAGCGGGGCGUCGGGGUGUACGUACACCCCGCUGGCGCAGGCGAUCAGCGCGGAGCGCCUGCUGACGACCGGCGGCAGCAGCGGCGGCAACUCUCCGCAGCAGACGCCGACGCAUUUCCCCUCGCUUGGCUCGUUCAUGGGCGCCGGGCAAGCGCAGCAGAGCGGCUUCUUCCCGUUUUCCAUGUACCCCAUGUACCCGCUGUGGCCCGUUGGGUUCCCCACGCCUCUCUCUCCGCCGCCAAUCAUGGGCGCCCGCCUCGCGACCAGUAAGGGUGACGAGGGCGCGGCCUUCUUCUCGAAUCCGACCUUCUUCUCCCAGGGUGGCGCCGUUGCCAACGCGCCGCUCCACGAAGACAGAAGGGAGCGGAAGAAGAACGCACAAGUCGUCGGAUUCACCUCCUUCUACCCCGGCGGCCACCCUAACGUCUUCGGUGCGCCAAGCGCCCCUGGGGUGUACGUACACCAGAACCGGGAGGAGCAGGACGCGAGGAGCGGGGGAAAGGACAAGAAGAAAGCUCGCGCGCCGGGCAAGAAGUGGGGCAGCGCCGAGGAGAAGAAGGAGGCAGUCACAGCAUCCAGAAAGGAGCCGGUCGUCGAAGACCGCACGCAGCCGCAGAAAACGCAGAAACCGCAGAACGACGGCGGAAACAAGUGGAAGAACGUGCCGCCGCACGUGCGCGCACCCAAGGCGCCUGAGGCGAAGGAGCCCGCGCGCGAGCAGCGCGAAGGCGCGUGGAAGACCAAGGGCGGGCGAGCCGACGAGAAGAACGAGGCUGCAGCGAAAGCCAGAAAUGCGGGCGCCUCAGCCCGCGGAAGCAUGCGCGGAGGACGCGGCGGCGGAGCUGCGCGAGGCGGCCGCAGAAACCACGAGUGA